UGUCCGGUGCAUACGAUGUACAGUGUGCGAACGAUCCGCGAGGCGCCUCCUUCUGGACCCUUACCCCCGGUCUGUUCCUAUUCACCACGCACUAUAGCAAAUUCGCGAUGCUCUCUUCAAGCCUUCCGCGGCAUUGUGCUCGCAUUUCUCGUGCGGUUGUCGGCUCGGAAAGUAUCUUCUGGCUUGAGCUGUCGCGUUAGACAAGAUUUCGGACCUUCCAAAAAAUUGAAGCAAAACAUCCAUCUCGGCAAAAUGAUAAAUUUUCUGUCCCUUCUGGUGCUUACUCUGACUUGCGUAAUUGUCCACGCCCAACAAACAUCUGAUCAAAAACCUGUUUUUGGGCAGACGUUUGACGAAAUCGUGGUCUCGUCGGAUCUGAAUGUCAGAAGAAAAUCCAAAGAAAGCCGUCAAGGUAAAAGGUUGACCAAUAUACCUUCAGGAACCACGGGUCCACCAGAAAAAUCCACCGUGCUCGCGUCCAGGUUCAUUUCGAAUGACGGCAGUCAAAUUACUUGGGAAAAAACCCAAACGAAACGUGAAAUUUCAAAUUUGCAGAAGAGGUAUCUGGACAUGGGCAUCACAGGAUUCUUGCUGAACUCUCGGAAACGAUGAAAUUUCUAUUCCGAGGACAACCGCACGAUCCUCACAUACCCAUUCCGACCAUACUUUUCGGACAACUUUCGGACCAUGGCUCAUGUAACAAAAAGAAUAAUAAAAAUUUUCUGUGUCACAGCAAUA